AUGUCUUGGACUCCUUUCGUUGAUGGUCAAUUUGUCACUCCUUCCCAAGGUCUCAUCCAAAAAGCUUUGAUCAUGGGCAGAGAUGGAACUAUUUGGGGUGUUACUGCUGGUUGGAAUGUAACUGCUCAAGAAGCCAAAACUUUGGCUGGUCAAGCUGCCAAUCCAUCUUCAGUUCCAUCCACUGGUAUUACUUUGGGUGGAGUCAAAUAUAUGGGAUUGUUGGCUGAUGAAGAGAAUUUCCAAGGAUUCUCCUCUGCCAAGAAGCAAGGUGUCUCAGGUGUCGUGUUGAAGGGAUCCAUCAUUGUUGGUUUGUUCGGUGAACCACACAAGAAUCCUAAUGUCUAUUCGUACAUGAAGAAGAUUGCUGAUCAAUUGGUUGAGCAAGGAACUUUGCAAUAA